AUGUCACAAAAAGAAAUUGUUUUACAUUUAUAUCGUUCUUUCCUUAGAGCAUCAAAUAAAUUUUCAAGCUACAACUUUAGAGAAUAUGCUUUACGUAGAGUUGCAACUGGUUUCAGAGAAAAUAAAAAUAAAAACGAAUCAGAAACUAAAGAUUUAAUUAAAGAAUCAAUGAAGGAUUUAGAAAUGGUCAAGAGACAAUCUUUAAUCAAUUCAAUGUAUUCAAAGAAUAAAUUAGUUGUCGAAUAA